AUGGCGUUGAAUGUUACCACCAGCGAGACCGAGGAGAAUAGGAGGGCGAUGGAUACCAUGAGGCGUGAAAACAAUGCAAGCCUUGAAAGGCUUGAGAGGAGAUUGGCCGGAACCAAUGGCCAAGGAGCACCACCAAGUCCAAAUGGGCAAAUGCAAGAGGUCUUUGUUGAUGGGGCCGAGACAAAUGUCACGGGUUCCAUGCUUGAGCGACCAAGGCCCGAGUAUAGAAGAGGUGGGCUAAUUGAGACUGAUCAAGUAGCCGUGGAAAGAUGGAUCCGUGAUGAGGCCCAUCAUUCUGGAAGUCCUAGUGUUUUGAGAGAACCUCAAGACGUGAGGUUCGAAGUUCCAAAGUUUGAAGAACAUCAUGAGGCCGAGUAUGACUUUGGCCAUGGAGGACCGAAUGGUUAUGAUGACCAUGCCCAUAGAAGAAACUUCGAUCAUGGAAGAGAAAGAGGCCCUAGAAACCGAAGGUAUGAGGAAGACCACUAUGAUGAUAGAGUUGGAAACCGGGCAUAUGACCGAGGACCAAGGAGGCCAAAAGUGGAUUUUUCCAAGUUCAAUGGGGGGGAUCCAUAUGAGUGGUUGGACAAGUUGGAACAUUAUUUUCGUGUGUAUGAAGUUCCAAGAGAAGAGAGAGUUUCUACGGCAUGUUUCCAUCUUGAAGGAAGAGCGAGUAAGUGGUGGCGUUGGCUUCGUGAUCAAUAUGACAAAGAGAGGAAAUGUCUAGGGUGGACGGCCUUUGAAAAGGAAUUCUUGAUGCAAUUUGGGUCUUCCCCAAUUGUCAACCACCAUGGGCAAUUGGCCAAGUUGAAACAAGAGGGAAAAGUACACCACUAUAUUGAUGAGUUUCGGCAACUCCAAACCUUGGUAAGGGGUUGGUCCGAAGAGGCACUUAUUGGCACCUUUGUGGAUGGGUUGAAACCUUGGCUUGCCAAGGAGAUAAAGUUGAAACAACCCACAAGGCUACAAGAAGUUAUGAGGAUGACGGAAAUACUAGAGGAGAGCACUCACAUUGAGAAGCGUCAUUCUAAGGACAUGGGGAGCAAAUUCUCUAAACCUUUGCAAACCAAAAUUCCUUGGAAAGGCAAGGAGGUGGAAGGGAGUGCAUCAAAACCAAAACCAUAUGAAGUAAAAAAGUUAUCAAGAGAAAAAGUCCAAGAGCGGAUAAAGAAGGAUCUUUGCUUUAAAUGUGGUGACAAAUGGAGCAAGGCCGGGCAAGCAUAUGUAUUGCUUGAAGAUGAAACAAGUGAAGUAGAAGAAGAUGGCCAUGUUGAGACAACUAGUGAAGAGUCGGAACAAGAAGAGGCUGAAUCUAGUGAGCCACUAGAGGAGGCCGAAUUAUCUUUGAAUGCCAUUUCAAGUGUACCUAGACCCACAUCCAUGAGAGUGAUGGCAUGGGUGGGAAAGUUUGAAGUGACUCUUUUGGUGGAUAGUGGAUCCACGCACAAUUUUAUCAAUGCCAAUACUGUGACUAAGAUUGGAUUGAAGCCAUGUGCCAUUGAACCAUUUGAAGUAAAGGUAGCCAAUGGGAACAAGCUUAGAUGUGAAGCACUUGUUAAAGAAGUGAAGAUAAAUGUGCAAGGUGUGCGAAUUGUGGCCGACCUCCAUAUGUUGGCAUUAAUGGGACUUGAUGUAGUGAUUGGCAAUGCUUGGCUCAAGGGCCUUGGGAGAGUUAUUCAUGAUUACCAAAACAUGACGAUGGAGUUUAAACUUGGCUCAAAGAAAAGAGUUUGGAAAGCUUUGACAUCAAAAGAAGUAAAAGCUUGUGAAGCCAUCACUUUUGAAAAGUUGUAUAAAGGUAGAGCCUAUUGUUUUGCCAUUAUGGUGGCCAAUGGAGACUACUUGUGUAAUGUGGAAAAAAGUGAAAAAGAAGGCAACAAAGAUGACUUAGAAGGGCUACCCGUGGAAGUAAGAGAAGUGUUGGAAGACCAUCAAGGAGUUCUAGAGGCGCCUUCUACUUUGCCACCAUCUAGACCCUUUGAUCACCGGAUUGUGCUUGUGGAUGAAAAGAAGCCGGUAAAUGUCCCACCUUAUCGCUAUGCCCAUUUUCAAAAAGGGGAGAUAGAGAGGCAAGUGGAUGAGAUGUUGAAGAAUGGUUUGAUAAGGCCAAGUACUAGUCUAUUUUCCUCUCCCGUGCUACUAGUGAGGAAGAAAGAUGGGACAUGGAGGUUUUGUACCGAUUAUAGAGCACUAAAUGAGGCCACGGUGAAGGAUAGAUUCCCUAUUCCAACCGUGGAUGAGAUGCUUGAUGAGCUCUAUAGUGUAAGAGUUUUUUCCAAGUUAGAUUUGAGGGCUGGCUACCAUCAAAUAAGAAUGAAGAGUGAAGACAUCCACAAGACGGCUUUUAGAACACAUUCCGGGCACUUUGAGUAUCUUGUUAUGCCGUUUGGAUUGUGUAAUGCUCCAUCCACUUUCCAAGCCGCCAUGAACACAAUUUUCAAGCCCCUUUUAAGGAAGUUUGUGUUGGUGUUUUUUGAUGACAUCUUGGUCUACUCCAAGACUAUUGAAGAGCACAAGAGCCACUUGAGAAUUGUGAUGAAGAUUUUGGAAGAGCACCACUUCUUCAUUAAGGCUUCCAAAUGCGCCUUUAUGAAGAAGAAACUUGAGUAUCUUGGUCACUUUAUCUCGGGAGAGGGGGUGAAAGUGGAUCAAAGGAAGAUUGAGGCCAUGGUUGAUUGGCCACUACUAAAUGACAUCUCGGCAUUGAGGGGCUUCUUGGGGUUGACUGUCUACUAUAGGCAGUUUAUGAAGAACUAUGGGCUUAUUGCUAAGCCACUUACGUCCUUGUUGAAGAAGAACAAUUUUGUAUGA